CAGAUAACCACAUCAGACAAAUACAAACACGCCCACAAACAACAGUGCUGUUUAUAAGGUCUGUGUUGUGUGCAUGCACUCUCUGUACCUGCCAUUGGAAAACAACGCUGCUCAGCAAAGCAAAGCUUCGACAGAAAGUCCAAUUGUUGGAUGCCCGCAGAGCAACCCUCUCACUCCCUCCACGGACUGGUUCAAGAAAUGGCCAUGAGUGCAGUCAUUCAGAAACACAACUCCAGCCCUAUCACUUUGUCGGCUAGCCCGGGGAAUACACUUGUUAAAAACGUCUACCAAAUGCCAGUGUCUGCAAUCAGCACGAACGGUUACAGUAAUGGUAUCACUAACGGCAUGUCCAACGGUGCGGCCCUGCACCAGGGUUCUAUGCACCAAGGGUACAUAUCGGUGGCCUCCUCUGGGCCUGGCGGAGUGAGUCUUAUAAACCCCAACCUGCAAGGACAGGUCAUCCAAGGAGCUUCCCUGGGACAUCAGCUACAGCUGCAGCAAGACUCUGGUAGCGGCACCACAUCCAUAGUCCAUCUCACACCCGUGCAUGGCGGAGGAGGUAUGCUGCAGACAGGCCUCAUGAGUCUUCCAAUGGCGAAUAACUUCGCACACACAGCCAGCCUCCAUCCAGAUAUUGAAAAAGGCCUCUUUGAUGAGUCGGGUGGUUGCAAAUGGCCAAGCUGCACAGCUAGAGUCACUUCCAAGGAAAUGUUUGCUAGUCACUUAUAUAGUGAACACAGAGCUGGGAGCAGGACCAAGGCUCAGGUCAAAGUGCAGGAGAUGUUGGUAGCUCACUUGGAAAGUCAGUUGUCAGUGGAACAAGGAAAGCUGGUUGCUAUGAAGAAACACCUUUCCUCCUCAGAUUCGGAGUACACUCGCUCUAGACACGCUUCCAUCACUUCCCCGAAUGGUGCCGGACACUUGGCCACACCCACUUGUGCGGCCCCGCCCACUUCACUGACAACGCCCACUCAAAUGGUUCAAGCCAUGUACGAUCAAAACGGGCAGCCUGUGUACAUACUGCAAAAUGUUGGAAAUCAAGGAACUGCACUUAUUCCGUUGCAACUGCAACAACAGCAGUCCGCCCCCCUCACACCCUCACACGUCACACUCUCCACCGUCCCUACGUCACUCAAAAUCGACCAAUCAAUGUUGAGCGGUGGCAAGAUCCACACUCCCUCCCCCGGCACUCCUAAGAACAUCACCGUUGCUCAGACGUAUAAUCCACCUAACUUUGAGACCUUGAUUCAGCCCUCUGGGCGUAUGGCUAGCGAGGUGGGUCCCAUCAGACACGGGAGACAGGCAGCCAAAGAGAGACCAUCUCCAGUCGCCUUCGAUGAGUCCCAGGACGCCCUGCGUAAAGCCAUCCCUCGCUACUCGAACAUUGAUCAGCGACCGCCCUUCACUUACGCCUCCCUUAUCCGACAGGCUAUACUGGAGUCAGCCGACCAAUGUCUGACACUGUGCGAGAUCUACGCUUGGUUUAUGAAGAACUUUGUAUACUUCAGAGACAACAACCCAACUUGGAAGAAUGCCAUUCGUCACAACCUCUCUCUGCACAAGUGCUUCGUGCGUGUGGAGCUCAACAAGAGCAGAGGAGCAGUCUGGACUGUCGAUGACACUCUGUACAAGAAGAAGAGACACAUGAAAUUAGUUAAUGUGGAUGGUGACCCUCAACCUACAGACAGUGCAGCCAGCUCCCCCGUCAAUGAUAUGGCUGUUGGAGAGGAAGAUAAAAAUCACAUUGACAUUCCAGACUCGGCUGGUCUGGUUACCCUGGCAACGACACAUAAUUACCCCUCCCCCCCUCAGGAACAACUGUCAGGGGAUGAAUCACUGGAGGAUGACUCAGAUAUGGAUAGUAGUGACAAAGAACUAGAAAUAAAGUCUGAGGCGGCCUCCCCCCCACAGGGGUACACUCUACCACCCCCCACAGAAGCGUACCCCCAACAGGGGUACAGACUCCCACCCCACACAGAAGCCUACCCCCCACAGGGGUACACACCACCACCACCCGCACGCCCGCCCCCCACAGAUGGUACCCCCUACACUGUGGCAAUCAACGUCUCAACACAAAACGACCUCUACUCUCUCUAGGGUGGUGGUCCACAGAGUCCCAGUAACCGACAGCCUACUCAUCAGUUUUACCCCACACUAACAGUCCCCCUUGCAGUAGCCUCUAUUGUGUAUGAUAACUAUGUGUGUUUAUAUUAUAGCUCAAUCACUUAAUUGGUUUUGUUGAAUAUUAUCACGUCACACGUUUCAAUGAUUGAUUGCAAAACAUUGUGCUUCAAAAAAAGUUCUUCAAAAUGACUAAAAA